AUGCAAGCGUGGUUUACGCAAUUGGUCAAGGCGACCCAGGGUAUAAAACAAGGAUCCACGCCUGCAGGACCAAGAAAACCACCAGUCCCGCCUAAACCGAACAUCACCCCCAGUGCCAAAAAGAAACUUAAGUUUACGCCUCAACCGAGCAGCGCGGAGUUGGCGCAAGAGUUGCCUUUUUCAGACACGUACGGUGCAGAACCGUGGGAUACACCCCGUGAACGUGUGGAAUCGAUCAAGAAAGCGGUCAAGCGCGGGAUUCGCAAAAAAGCGACCGACGCCGCCGCAAAGAAAGCCGAAAGUCUGGCCAAGAAAGCGUUGGAGUGGAAAACGUGGAAAACCCCGUGA